GUUCUUGUGAAUCGUCGGGAGCACUGUCCGUUGAAUUUGCUAGCAUGUGCUUUCAAUUCGUCACGCUAUGCUCGCCAGUGCGUCGACCUUUAAACGGCUCACACGGUUAUCACUCUGUCCGGGUCAGGCUACGCCUGCAGAUGGCUGCAAUCGUGUUGUCGCCUGAGCUUCACCAGCAACUCUCUCAGCAAUACCAUGAUCAAUGUCCACGACAAUUAGCGCGUAUGGAGGAUCUCAGCAAUGAGAUAAGGAUGCUUGAGGAACAGGAGCAGAGACUAGCCGCUCAACUGCAGCAUGCUCGACAGUCGAGUGGUUUGGCCGCAGAGACUCGAACGCAAGCGUCCGGUGUUUCCAGUUCCGCGGAGCCAUCAGAGGCGUCGGAUGUGGCUGGGCGAAGCUCUCCGCGAGGCACUAUCCAGGUGCCUAGAGAUCUGGUGGAACGACAAUCUGAACCUGCCUUAGAAAAGCCCUUGGACGAGGCUGUUGCGUCACCGUUCGUUGCUCAGACUCCUUUCCGAUCACCAACGCCAGUGACGACCACAGAAGGGGCUUGGCGAGAGUCAGCUGCCGUGGCCUCCACCACGCAUUCUAUGGCCAGCGGGGAUCUCACAACAUCAUCGGACUGGUUGACGCACGCUGAGAGAACAUCGGAGUCUGCUUCACCGCUGAUUUUGCAUCACCAGACGGCCCCUUUGUUUGCCGCAGGUGCCCCACAGGCGGUCGUGUGUGGGGGCCCCUGCACCAGCGGCGAUAGCGGUGGACCCCCAUAUUCUCUAUCCCAAGUCUUCGAACACGCCGGCGCUGCGCAUACUACUGGGGACCCGCGCACAGAGAGUAAUAUUCCUGAGGACAUCCUGGAGUUCGUUCUGUCCCAUUCCGCACCAGCAGCGAUGGCGUCUGGGGACGGUGCUGCGCUCCUCGCAGAAUCGACACCCUCGAUCAUUCAGCCAUGGAGUCCAGAAUAUUCGCCACCACCGAUCAUCUCCGCGAGCGAGCACGCGGCAACGAGUUCGUCGUGGCCCCACCCGACUACGAGUGCCUCGGACGAAGGCGCAACACCCUGCGCAGUCCCAGCUAGUAGCAGCGCGUUUUCGGGGCCAUGGUGGAGCUCGCCUCAACCACAGCGCUCCUGGCAUUUUCCCGGUGCCCUUGGACAUUAUGCACCUGUUUUUGGCGAGCCGCUACCGCCUGAACCUCGACAGCCACUGCUUCAGUCCCCUGCCCGGGCGCCUCCCGCCGACGUCAUCCCGCCACAUGCAGCCCAGCCGUCCACGGCGUUCGUGGAUGUCCCUUCGAUGUUUCAACAAAGCCAAUUGCGGUCGCCUCAACUCCUGUCGAUGCGCGUCCGGCCCCCGGAUUCGACCUCUACCACACCGCCCUCCCUCACGUCACCCAGCCGAAGAAUUACGGGUUCAGAUUUAGAGUAACAGCGGGAAUGGCUGCUGUCGCUGAUUGGCCUCGCCAUCGGGCUGCCGAACUAUUCGGCACACUCGAAGAAGGUUAACAAGAACUGCUCGCUCUGGCAUACCAUGUUUUGCCAAAUGCUAUCGCAGGGUCUAGACACUAACGCACUUUCUUGGAAGGCUAGAAUUGGUUUGGGAGUCUCAGAAAACGUUACAAGACGUGAGCGUUUUUCCUGGUGUCGCCAGAUGUCCCAGCCCAAACUGUAGCCAAGAGCAGAGAUUUCGCCGCCGCAGUUGCUUGCUUACCGCUUCAGUAUUGAUGGGGGAAAGAGCAAGUAGUAUCGGGGGAUAUGUACGAGAGCCCACCGGUGAAGUGAUCUGCGGAAGGGCAGAUGAUCAACAGCACGAACAGGAGGGGUUUUGUGAUGCUCUGUACCACGAUAUCGUGUGGAUGGAUUACUGUUUUCUUUUUUGUGGGCCCACCAGCUGGUCUGUGUGGACCUAACAGCUGGAUUGUCCGAGCCCGCCAACUGAUCCCAACCCAAUUGAGGUCCGUACAUACCACGCAGAGUCCGUGUACAGUGACGUCUGCUCCUCCAUCGCAGUGCACUUCUGGGGCAAGCACUGACAGCCCGUAUAUAGACUCCUCCAGACGAUCUCGUUCCCUUGUUUAGAACAUCCUACAGUCUCAUCAUGUUUUGCAUAGCGAGACAAGAAGUGACAACAGCUCAAUGACUCUCAAGCCAGCUUCAGAGCCCGCUUCAGAAAAUAUGCAGACUCCCAGGGUGUAGGCAUGAGUGCAACGCAGGAGUGACUCUGCCAGAAUUUUCGCUCUCACGCAUAACGCGCCAACAGACAGAGGAAGUUUGUCUGCUACCCUGAGGGAGAACACUCAAUCCCUGAUUUGGGAGAACGCUUACUUGUUUCGGGGGCGUCCUACCUUGUCGAUGAAAUAUGCAUAACCAUUCACGCACCUGUGUCAGGAGUCAAUCGGGGGGUCGCAGUAGAGGCGCGAGGCGUUGAAGUUGUCGUGUCACCCACAAACCCACAGCAGUCUUCCUAAUGGUGAACAAAAACGAGGGCUGCGCCAGUGGGCCAGUGGUGGAACUGGUCUGCAGAGAAGGCAGCUGACGCUGAACAUGGUCCCACUAGCCAGUGGACAAUCCGGGGCAUCUGCGAAUAGUGUGUUUAGACUGGCCCUCACAGGUUCGAGGUCCUCGGCGACGCUCUAAGCAGCGGAAGCGACUGCGACCUCGAGGCCAGAUAUUCUCACUAUUGACGGAAGCCAGCAGUGUAGGUGAAGGCGUGGAUCACCACCAAUUGUCAUGUUCCUGUACUGCUUCCUACGGCGUGUAUACGCCACCGUUACGAUACAGUUACACAUCGAGUUGGCGAGUCCAGAGCGACACGCAGAGAGCCGAUUAGACCCUGCUGUCCUCGACACUGGGAAGAGUCCGGCGGACUGGCUUCAGUGUGCAUGCUUCAAUAUGUGCAGUAUCAGACGCCUGCGUUCCAGUGGUAUCGAGCGAUAUCCCAUGUUCUUUGAUGGAUACCUCCAGAUGCCCAACAACGUUCAAGCAGCGCUCAAACACCCUGAGAGGGUUACUGAACAAGGCAAGCCUAGAAUUCAACUUUAGAGCGAACCCUGCGGCCACGCCUGAAAACCUCUCCCAAGCAAUGGGAGGCUCGUAACUUAAGAAUGGAUCUCACACAUCUACUCUCCCGCGCACUAGGGGCACUCUACAUUCUCGUUUGUCUGCUGUCGGAGUUUCGUCAUUGUACGAAGCCACAGUGAUCUUCAGUAAGAUAAAAACUCGAAAAUGGCAACAUCGCCUUGGUGUCAGUUCAAUAAGAAACACCAGCAAUGCACAGUCGAUGUGGAACAGUUUCUUAAGAAAUAUUGGUGGAUUAGCUCUCCUACAGCUUCGCGUUUCGGUGCAGAAGGCGCAUGCUUUGCUCCAGUGCGCUUCAUUCGUAUGACUUGCGGGUCUGCAUCGACAUGUGCUCGCCGACUGACAUUACGUCCCGCAUGCCUUUUACCGGACGCAAGGCAUACACCUAACAACCUCACUCGUUCUGUGUUGGUCUAACGUGAUCACACGUCUUCCGACGCAAAUCUCGGGCAGCGAGGUCUCCCACAACAGUGUCCGGUUUUCGUGGAACGCUUAAGCAAUGCCGUUUUGCAAUUAACAAGCGGCCCUGAAAACAACCAACCCACAAAAGUGCUAGUGGAGGCGCGGCGCCUCCGAUGUGACGGUGAACCGAGGCCGCGUGCUGCGAUGUGUUUUGAUGAACUACGAGUGGCUUUGAUUGGACGUCCAGUUAGUGACGCUGUAUAACCCCAUUCUAACGUUGCUCUUCUGGGCCUAAGGGCUUGCUAUACAGGAAGCAUGCAGAUACCCUCAUCCUGUCGUAGAGUGUUUUAUUCGUCAGCCGCUGUAACAUGAUAGUGACUGCA